AAAGUAUGGCAGAGGGGUAUGAUAAAGCGGGGAGCCCAGUAGAAGAGGGGGCUGAUAUAACAGGAAACAAGGGCCCCCUCUCUGUGGUCAUCGUAGGAGGGGGGAUCGCGGGGAUAAGUGCGGCGCGUCAUCUCAUAAAAAAUGGAAUUCGACAGGUGAAGAUUUUGGAAGCAAUGAAUCGUUUGGGAGGUCGAAUACAUACUGUAAACGGAGAUGCAGGUAAAAUAGACUUCGGAGCGCAGUACAUUCACGGAGGAGAGGACAACUCCUUGUACCAGAUAGCUGUCAAACACGAUCUUAUAGACCGCUCGUCAACACCGACCAAAGGUUCAGUAGCAUCAACAUUUUACGGAAACGAAUUUUACAAAGAAAACGGAUCCAGAAUUCCAAAGAAAAUCGUUAAGGAAGUCAACGAGUUUCUGGAAAGUGUACACAAAGAAUGUAAUGGUAUUGAUAAUAAUACAAACUACCAUGAGAGCAUGGGCAAUUGUUUUGAAAGGAGAUUUGAGGAAUAUUUGGGGUCACGUGACAACACAUUGGAGGAUGUUGACACGAGGAAAGGGUUGUUCGAUUGGCGAAUGCGAUGGGAGAUGCAUGAUAAUGGCUGUCGUUCUUUAUUUGAUGUAGCUUCGCCAGCAAGGUAUCAAAAUUAUACCGGAAACUAUUUUACAGAAAUAAAAAAUGGGUUUCAGUCAGUGUUUUCAAUGCUUUUAAAAGAUGUUCCUUGUGCGUGUGUCCGAACAGAAACACCGGUGACGAGAAUAAAUUGGGAAAAUAUUCGCAUUUGUAAUGAUGAAAAUCGAGAAGAUUCAAAGAUAUGUAUGGUUGAAACUAAACACGGUGAAUAUUUUUAUUGUGAUUAUGUGAUUGUCACUGUACCGCUAGGUUAUCUGCAAUUAAACAUAGAUACACUAUUUCAGCCACCGCUACCCUCAGGGAAAAAAGCGGCGAUCUUGCGAAGUGGGUUUGGAAACUUGGUGAAAGUAUUUCUUACGUGGACGAAACCGUUUUGGGAAAAAUCUUUUGAAGGAAUUCAGUUCAUUUGGACCUCAGAUGAAGACAUAUUCGACACACAACCUGCGUCAACCUUAACAAAAAAGAAUGGCGAUCCGUGGUACCGGGACUUUGACGGUUUUCACGUUCUGGAGGACAACUCCUGUACGCUGCUGGGGUGGAUCGGUGGGGAGGGAGGAUGUCUUUCAGAACGACUGACCGAGGGGGAAAUUCUGGAAACCUGUUACCUACUGCUCAAAAAGUUUGCUGCCGACAUGGAUAUUCCAAAGCCUUGCAAGAUACAAAGAACCCAGUGGCAGAGCCAAGAGUACAUCCGAGGAUGCUAUAGUUAUGUGUCCAUCUACAACGAACCUAACGACUUCCAGGAACUCAUCAAACCACUGCCUUCCAAACAGAACCCUGUGGUGCUGUUUGCUGGUGAGGCCAUGAGUUACUAUCAUUACUCUACAACCCAUGGAGCUUACGAGUCUGGGAUAGAUGCAGCGAACCUUGUAUUACAGAAUGUGACACAAAUUAAUAGGAUAUAAAGUGAAUGGUCAUUUCAAAUAAUUCACUUUGAUAUUUAAUUAAAAACCCAUUUUAUUAAGACACAAUGGAUAGUAAAUAUGUACAUCAUGGGUCUGAAGAAAUUUCAUCCUUGCAAUUUUGUUAUCUGUAAGUUUAAGAAAUAAACAGAAUACCAUUUUCAUCCAUCCAUUCAACUGAAAAAA